GCCGCGUAAUCAAAGGGUAGGGGCGAGCGCGAGAGCGAGCAGUCUGUCAGGGAGAGCGAGAGAUGCACAGGGAUGUAAGAUGGCAGAGCUACAGAUGUUACUAGAGGAGGAGAUCCCAGCUGGCAAAAGAGCUCUGAUUGAGAGCUAUCAGAAUUUGAGCAGGGUCGCGGAUUACUGUGAAAACAACUACGUUCAGGCACCAGAUAAAAGGAAGGCCUUAGAGGAGACCAAAGCCUACACAACGCAGUCACUUGCUAGUGUUGCAUACCAGAUUAAUGCCUUGGCUAACAAUGUACUCCAGCUGUUGGAUAUUCAAGCAUCCCAGCUACGGAGGAUGGAAUCCUCAAUCAAUCAUAUCUCACAGACUGUGGACAUUCAUAAAGAAAAAGUAGCAAGACGAGAAAUAGGCAUUUUAACCACCAAUAAGAACACUGCACGAACUCAUAAAAUCAUAGCACCAGCAAAUAUGGAACGACCAGUACGAUACAUUCGCAAACCUAUAGACUACACAGUGCUUGAUGACGUUGGCCACGGUGUCAAGUGGCUAAAAGCCAAGCAUGGCAGCAACCAGCCUGCAAGAACUGGCACUCUGUCUAGGACAAAUCCUCCCACACAAAAGCCUCCAAGCCCACCUGUGGCAGGACGUGGUACUCUGGGACGUAAUACUCCGUAUAGAACCUUGGAGCCUGUCAAACCUCCAACAGUUCCUAAUGAUUACAUGACAAGCCCUGCAAGACUUGGCAGUCAGCACAGCCCAGGAAGGACAGCAUCCCUAAACCAGAGACCAAGAACACAUAGUGGCAGUAGUGGAGGAAGUGGAAGCCGUGAAAAUAGUGGAAGCAGCAGUAUUGGAAUUCCUAUUGCUGUGCCUACACCGUCACCGCCAACAGUGGUGCCAGCACAAAUUCCAGCUCCACCUGGAGCCCCUCCUCCUCCUCCACCACCACCACCGCCAGUGCCACCUCAGCCCGCUUCAUUCUCGAUGAGCAGUAUGCAAGCGGGCACUCCUGCUUCAGUUCCUAGUUCGCAGUUUGGUACUAUGACCAGACAGAUUUCUCGCCAUAACUCCACCACCUCUUCAGCAUCUACUGGGACUUACAAGCGGACUCCUUCUGUGACUUCUCCAUUUUCUCAACAGCCUCAAGUUAACGGUGGGCCUCUCUACUCUCAGAACUCAAUGUCUGUUGCUCCACCCCCUCCCCCAAUGCCUCAGCUGACUCCACAGAUCCCUCUCACAGGCUUCGUGGCCAGGGUGCAAGAAAACAUUGCUGAUAGCCCAACUCCGCCCCCUCCACCACCACCUGAUGAUAUCUCAAUGUAUGAUGAUUCUCCCCCUCCUCCUCCGCCUCCACCAAUAGACUAUGAUGAUGAAGAAGCCGCAGUUGUGCAUUACAGUGACCCAUAUGCUGAUGGAGAUCCUGCAUGGGCACCCAAAAAUUACUUGGAAAAGG